ACAGUCACAUAAACCCUAAAAUUGAUGUCGAGGAAACGUUUCAAUCCUCUCGAAGAUCCGCCGACGGCUUCUUCAAGCGAAGAAGAUGAUGAACUUGAUGCUCCCAUUGAAGAUGGUGAAGAAAUCGUUGGUAACUCUUCGUCUGACGAAGAAGACGAUGACGUUCCCUCUAAAAACUCAGCUCCUCCGAAGAAUACGGUUCUGCUUCUCGCCGCACCAGCUAGAAAGCUUUCCGAGGAUUCUGAAUCAGGAUCCGAGGAAGAAACCGAAUCAGACUCUGAACCCCAGAAGAAAGAUCAGUUCUUAACGAAGCCUGUGAUCGAAACCAAGAAUUUGGUAGUGAAGGAAAUCAAAAAGGUUAAAGCUUCUGAGAAAUCUGUGGGCAAGCGUUCUCAUGAGAUGGACGAAGGAGGUGUGUCAACGCAUGUGAAGAGAGUCAAGAAGGUUUCAGGGGAAGAUGAUAAGAAGAAUGCUGGAGGAUGUGAAGAGACUAAGAAGACGUACUUCCAACGUGUUUGGACUGAGGACGAUGAGAUUGCUGUUUUAAAAGGUCUUAUGGAUUACAAAAACGAUACCGGGGUAAGUCCUUAAGACGAUACUAAUGGGGUUUAUCAGUUGGUCAAGAAAUCUGUUAGCUUUGAUGUUAGUAAGAUUCAGUUCAUGGAAAAGCUUAGGAGUUUGAAGAAGAAGUAUGAGAACAAUGUUGGUAAAGCUAAGAACGGAGAGGAACCGAGUUUUGCUAAAGCUCAUGAUCGCAAGACUUUUGAAUUGUCUAAGUUGGCUUGGGGAGCUAAUGGGAUGGCUCUUGAUUCGGCUGUGAAAUCUAAUGGGAAGUCCAAGAAGAGCAGUAAGUCGAAGAAAGUUGCUUCUGUGAAGCAAGAGUUGGAUUCCUCUUUGCCUAAUGGUAAAAGUUUUGAAGAUGAGGUGGCUAAUAAAGAGGAAGUAUCUUUGCUUGGCGUUUUGGAAACGGAUGUGUUUGCAAAGUCGUCUUCUCUUGUGAAGUUACUAGCCCGGGUUGGUCUGGAUGAACUUGCUGCUCAUCAAGGAUUGAGUAGGCUUGCCUCAGAGGAUAAGAAGAGACUCGAGGAGCAGUGGAAAGCGUUGCAGGUUACGGAAUUUGAGUUCUUUUUGCAGAAGAGUGGUGUCAUUCAUGAAGUGAUGAAAAAGAUUACUGAAGCAUUUCGAUCAAACAUUUAGAGAUAUAUGGAUUUUUGUUUCUGUUCUGCCUCUUUUGCCUAGAACUCUGCCUUUUUUUCCUUUUUUUUUUUGUUUUUUUUUUGUAGUUUCUAUUGAUUCUUGAAAAGAGUUCAUUUUGAAAUAUUGCGGAUUUAUCAAUGUAAUGGAAGGAAAUUCUUAGCUAAGUGAAGCAAUAUAAGUUUAUUUACACAA